AUGAAGACUUCUUUUGGAGUGUGCGUGACUUUGCUGACGGCUGUCUCUGCCUCGCCGAGAGUGGCCGUCGUAGUCCCCGGACAGGACACGACCAUGGGCGACAUAAUGUGCGACCAAGUGUUUUCAAUGUUUUUCAGACACUUCGACACGCGUGAGUUUGAUCUGUGCGCAGGCGUGCAAGAGAACGAUCUGCUGGACACCGCCGCAUCUGCCGGCUUCUAUGCUGAGAAGCUUCAGAGCCUGGGCAUGGAAGUCUUUGAUGGCCAAGCGCUUCAAGUCGCCCAGUCCAUCAACUCGAACUUGAACUACGGAACUACGGCGGAUGUGGCGAAGACCAUUUCCAACCAAACGUUCUUCGGACAGAUGCUAACUGCCACAGGUCAUGUGAACCCGGAAAGCAUGAAGGCAAUGGGCAACGCAGACUGCAACUAUUACUACAUCUUCAAGAACUCGGAGCAUGCCGAGCAUGACUUCGCCGCGAAUUGUGUGCCGUCGAGCGUGUGCAAGGAAGACGUGGUGGGCAUGACGAAGGGGAUGGUGGCGACUUACGGGUUAGUCUUGCAGAUCCUUCAGGGAAACCUGGGCUCGCUUCACUGGAUCGGCCAGGGCCCCACGGCCGAUUGCUACGCGGCCAUGAACAAGAUCAACGAGGGCCAGAUUAAGGACCUCUUCGUCAAGAAGCCCGGCUUGGUGAUUGGGGGCCAUGUCAUCACCCACAAGACCGUCAUGGAGGUCCCGGGCAUGCAGAAGGUCGACGCAGGGCAAUCCCUGAAGAAGUGCUCGGAAGAUCCCUCGGUGGGCUACCUCUACGUCCACAAGAACCUCUACUGGUCCGGCACCAAGGACUCCGUGGACUUGGAGGGCUUCAGCAAGUUCAAGCAGGACAAAGAGAGGCAGAAGUUGGAGCAGGAGAAGAAGAAAGCCACGGAGGCUGCGAAGAAGGCCGACGCUCAGCAGAAGAAGAAGGCUGCUGAGAAAGAGAAGCAGCAGAAGAAGGCGGUGCCCUCAGGAGUCCAGGAACUUACCCGACAUGGCGAGUCUUGUGUUUGCAAGUUGUUUUUCAGCCGUCUCACAGGGCGGCGUUUCGACCUCGAGGAUGACCUUUCGCGGCCUAGGAAGUUUGCCUAUGACGCAUGCGAGGAAUUUGCCGAGAAAGCAGCUGCCAACCCGAUGGCUGCUUAUCAGGAGCAGCAGAAGACGGCGGCAGAAGCCCCAAAGCUCAUGGCGGAGGUUGAGAAGGUUGCCGCGCAGGCAGCGCGGGCACUAGCAUCCGCCAUCCCGGCGGCACCUGCCAUUCCAGCUGUGCCUGCGGCACCCGCCAUGCCGGCGGCACCCGCUGUUCCGGCGGCGCCCGCCGUUCCGGCGACGCCCGCCGUUCCGGCGACACCUGCCGUUCCGGCAGUGCCAGCGCCGGCGGCUCUUAAAGAGCAGGCCGACAAGCUCAUGAAGGCGCAAGUGUACCGGAUCGGUCUGAGUUCGUUUUCCAAAAGCCGAGAGUGCGAGAGACAUGGAAAGAAGGAGAGCGAGCUGGAGAGCACCGCAAAGCAUUGCUGUGGCAGGCGAUGUCUGAUGCCGCAAAAAGCGUCCGCUGCUAAGUGA